AAUCAGUUUUUCUCUGCGGUUGGAAGUCCAACAACUCUACACAGUCUUUUCACAAGUAAACCCCGCGAGUGAAAGUUCGGCUUUACACCGGCAUUGUACUUAAGUGUAACUAUUAUUAUUUAUUGUUUGUGUGUAGUUGAACAUAACCUAGGAUACAUCCAGGAUGUCUGACAAAGCGGACAUUGCCCUCAUCGGAUUGGCCGUUAUGGGCCAAAAUUUGAUUCUGAACAUGAACGACCACGGCUUCACAGUCUGCGCAUACAACAGAACCACAGACAAAGUCGACUCUUUUCUCGCCAAUGAAGCCAAGGGUACAAAAGUGAUUGGUGCUAAGUCCUUGGAGGGGAUGGUGAGGACACUGAAGAAACCGAGGAUAGUCAUGAUGCUUGUCAAAGCCGGUAGUGCUGUAGACGAGUUCAUCGACAAGCUGGCCCCUUUGUUGGAGUCCGGAGACAUAAUCAUUGACGGAGGCAACUCCGAGUACCAAGACACAACCAGGAGGGUAGAGUCCUGUGCCAAGCGAGGGCUACUGUUUGUAGGCUCAGGUGUAUCAGGGGGAGAGGACGGCGCAAGGCACGGACCUUCACUUAUGCCUGGUGGUAACCCGGCGGCAUGGCCCCACAUCAAGCCUAUCUUCCAGUCGAUCGCAGCCCGAGCAAACGGUGAGCCGUGUUGUGACUGGGUGGGAGAGGGAGGUGCUGGCCACUUUGUCAAGAUGGUACACAACGGCAUCGAGUACGGAGACAUGCAACUCAUCUGUGAAGCCUACCAUCUCAUGAAGUCUGCCCUCGGCAUGAAGAAUGAUGAGAUGAGCAAGGUUUUUGAAGAAUGGAACAAAGGUGAACUGGACUCUUUCCUCAUUGACAUUACAAAGGACAUCCUCAAAUUCAAGGACUCUGAUGGUCAGUUCCUGGUUGAGAAGAUCAGAGAUAGUGCUGGACAAAAGGGCACAGGCAAGUGGACAGCCAUUGCUGCCCUGGAGUACGGUAUUCCAGUCACGCUCAUCGGAGAGUCAGUGUUCUCAAGGUGUUUGUCGUCUCUAAUUGACGAGCGUGCUGAGGCGAGCAAGGUCCUGCCUGGGCCACCCUCUACCAAACACACUGGCGACAAGAAGCAGUUCCUCGAGGACAUCAAACAGGCCCUGUACGCAUCAAAGAUCAUCUCCUACGCCCAAGGUUUUAUGCUAAUGAGGGAAGCGGCUAAACAAUACAAAUGGAAACUCAAUUAUGGAGGCAUUGCUCUUAUGUGGAGAGGUGGCUGCAUCAUCAGGAGUGUUUUCCUGGGUAACAUCAAGACCGCGUUUGACAAGAACCCCACACUCUCUAACCUGUUGCUGGAUCCGUUCUUCCGAGACGCUGUGAGCCGCUGUCAGGCAUCGUGGCGUCGCGUGGUUGCCACCGCAGCGACUGUGGGUGUCCCUACACCGGCAUUCAGCACUGCCUUAGCCUUCUAUGACGGCUACCGCAGCAAACAGCUGCCUGCCAACCUCCUUCAGGCCCAGAGGGACUACUUCGGUGCUCACACAUACGAGCUGCUGUCCAGUCCGGGCAUGUUCAUUCACACCAACUGGACUGGUCACGGAGGCAACGUCUCCGCGUCUACCUACCAGGCCUAACCCAACUCACCUAAAUCCUUCUCUCUAUCUCUCUGUUACCUUACCAACUAUGCUGACUUAUUUAUUUACAUGUUGACGAUUGCAAGCGGGUAGUGUGGGAACAUAUGUGACAUUCCAUUAGCAAUAUAUCUUGUAUAUUGUGACAGUGUUGACGUUUCUUGUAUUUUAUUUUUGUAUAAAGGUUUUAGUUUAUUAAAGGCUUUUGAAUAAGAA